AGAAACCAUUUGAAGCAGAAUCCUAACCAUGCAUCAUAGAGAAAUACCCUUGACACUUUUGAUACUUAUGUUUAUAAGCACCUCAGAAGAAAUUUGCAUCUCACGUCAUCACAUUACUGCAGUUGAAGGGGAACCUUUCUAUCUGAAAUGUUGCCCAUCUUCAUCUGAGCAUAAGAACAAAACCGCCACCAUAAAAUGGUACAAAAAUGAAUCACAUGGACCCACUGAGCUGCGCUCUGGUGGUUCACCCAGGAUUAUUUUGCAUGAUUAUGUUUUGGAGUUUUGGCCUGUUGAGAUGGAUGAUAGUGGAUCUUACUCUUGCCAAAUGGGUUGUGAAAUUUCUCACUGUGCUGAACUGAAAAGAGAGCAGGAUUUGGGCAUCAAUGAAAAUGAUACUCAAGCCUGGAAAUUAAAUGUCAUCAGAAGAAGUAAAAAUAGUUGUUUUACUGAGAAACAAGUAAUUAGUAAAGUUGUGGAAGUUAAAAAAACUUUGCAGGUGCCCUGUGAAAAUAAUUACUUUCAAAACCUGGCCAACAGAACGUCAUUGUACAAGGACUGUGAAAAGAUAGAUUUCAAUUUUAAUUUAAAUUUAAAGAAGAUUGCAGAGUUUAAAGAUGGGGGAUAUUACACCUGCGUGUUUUUCCUGCAUCAUGCUGGAAAACUAUUUAACGUCACCAAAACCUUCAAUAUUACAAUCAUUGGAGACCAUAGUAGUAUAAUUCCAGCUCUUCUUGGACCAAAGCUUACUCCAGUUAAAGUGGAAUUAGGAAAAGACAUACAGCUCAACUGUUCUGCUUUGCUGAAUGAAAAGGAUGUGGUUUAUUGGAACACCUGGAGAGAAAACGGAAGUGAUCCUAAUGUACAUGAAGAAGAAGGGACGAGAAUUAGGACUCCAGAUGGCAAAUGGCUCGCUUCAAAAACACUGAGAAUUGAGAACGUUAAUGAAAAAAACCUUAACUUUUUGUAUAAUUGCACUGUGGCCAGCAAGGGAGGCACAGACACCAAAAGCUUCAUCUUGCUGAGAAAAGAAGACAUGGCUGACAUCCCAGGCCACGUCUUCACUAGAGGAAUGAUCGUAGCUGCUUUGAUCUCAGUGAGCAUGGUGUGCCUGGUGAUUAUGGGUGUCAUUUACAGAGUUGACUUGGCUCUAUUUUAUAGACAUUUCACGGGACGAGAUGAAACCUUAACAGAUGGAAAAACAUAUGACGCUUUUGUGUCCUACCUAAAAGAAUGUCGGCCAGAGAAUGGAGAGGAGUAUACCUUUGCUGUGGAGAUUCUGCCCAGGGUGUUGGAGAAACAUUUUGGGUAUAAGUUAUGCAUAUUUGAAAGGGAUGUGGUGCCUGGAAGAGCUGUUGUUGAUGAAAUCCAUUCAUUGAUAGAGAAAAGCCGAAGACUGAUCAUUGUCCUCAGUAAAAGUUAUAUGUCUAAUGAAGUCAGAUAUGAACUUGAGAGUGGACUCCAUGAAGCACUAGUGGAAAGGAAAAUUAAAAUCAUCUUAAUUGAAUUUACACCUGUGGGUGACUUCACAUUCUUGCCUCAAUCACUGAAGCUUUUGAAAUCCCACAGAAUUCUGAAGUGGAAAGCAGAGAAAUCUCUGUCUUAUAAUUCAAGGUUCUGGAAGAAUCUUCUUUAUCUCAUGCCUGCAAAAACAGUCAAGCCAUGUGGAGAUGAAUCAGAAGUCUUGCCUGUUCUUUCACAGGCCUGAUCUUCAGAAAAAUCUGAGCAGAAGAAAGAACUCCUGACACUCUGGGGAUUGAGUGUAUGAAACUGUUUAUAACAAAGGGCAUUAUUCAAAUAUUUAACUCUAUGAACAUUCUACUCACAGCUUGAAGAUGAAAUAUCAUUAGGUUGCUGAGGAUAAGACUAAACACUGAGCUGUGGUCAUGGACUCCCAGAAGGCCCUGGAAUUCAACAGAAAUGGAUCCCUUCUUUCUCUCUCUUCCCUAACUGGAUGCAGGUGGUCUACUCAAGCCCACAUCCAAGCAACUGUGAGGCUAGACACUAUGUAGAAUAAUUUAUGCCUUAUAAUAAGGGUACAUCUUUAAGAGGUUUUUUUUCUUUUUUUUUUUUUUUGUCUUUCUGCUAUUUCUUUGGGCUGCUCCUGCGGCAU